AUGUACCAACAGAUCAAGCGUGAACAGACAGACAUGAUCAAGUCCGAGCCUAGCAGUCUAAGUUGGGAAGUCGUUCAACGCCUUGAUUCACUGAAGAAGGUCCAAAAAAGUUUUGAGGAAUUGGGGAAUGACAAUGGAAACUUGUCUAACUUGUUAGCCAUCAUGGCUGCUUACCGUUCCGGGGACCUUGUCUGGGAUGAAAAUACUGUCACAUACUGGGCACAUGGAAGAAUGGUUGCUGGUCCCAAGAAAAUGGUCAUGAAAGAAUUCCUCGCUCUGAGCCAGAAGGAUGGCCCAUAUGGUGUCUGGGUAGAAGGAAUGGACGCCUACAAACCACAACCGAUGUACCUGUUUCUCCAUAUGCGUUCGAUAUUUUCGUCCCACGCCACGCAUGAGUUUACGGUAUCCAUCCGGAAUCCUACUACGUGGAGAACCAACACGUUGCAACACACCAUGGCGCUCAGUGUUAUGGAAGAUACUGGUGCCACAGCGAUGAAGAUUCUCCAAGGCGAUCGAAGGUUUCUUGAAGCCCUGAGUGGCGCGCCCCUGCCUACCUAUGGUUCUACGACAGUGAGCACGGCGGGUGGUGUGGUCGUGGUGGAUAAUGUGGUAUUGCAAGUCAACCUCUUCCAUGAUGAUCAGCCUAUGCUCCCUCGGUGGAUUGAAGUUCGAGCCUGUAUCAACCGUGAGCCCCCCAAUGCUCGUCCGGCCGGUGCACGGCUGUCUGGUGUCUGGCUUCACCAUAUGCUAUAUUGCUUGAGUUUGCCUGAUAACACUAACGCAAUGUACGUGGGGAACGAUCUCUCUGAGAUGUUGGCAAAUUUGCCCCCGUGCAAUCCUGCACUCGCAAGGCCACCACCCACCGAUCCUAAGAUACUUUAA